UCUCUCUUUUGCAAAGAGAAGAAAAAAAAAGAAGAUUAUUACCCAAUUUUGGUCCCAUAAUUCUCUCUCUUGCUGUUUAUGCGGUUGUGUUUUGCAGCUUCCCUUACCUCUCUUUCACAAGAAGAUUCACAAAAAAAAAAAUGGUUUCCUUUUACUUUUAAUAAUUUUGUCAUGUGAUUUUUUGUUCCUCUUUCUCUCCUUUUUUCAUCAUCGUCUUCUUUGUGUCUUUGUGUCUUGCAAUCCCAUUUCAUCUUUUGGCCUAAUGUGGGGUUUAAUUCCCCCAUAUUAGACCCGUUUCCAUAUCCGGAAACAAGUUUUUUCCCUAUAACAAAUGGGUUGCAUCAGCUCCAAGAAUGUGUCAUGUUUUACGGACCAGAGUCCCUCACCGGUCCCUGAGCCCGGCUUGAUAUCUACAAGUCGAGUUCUUAUUGAUCAUUCGUUGGAGGCGAGUCACAAUAGCAAGCGUUCAAGAAAAUCAAGGAGAUUGAGCGGUUCUGAUUUGAGAGGUGGUGUGAGCCUCGGAUUAUCUCACAGGAGUUUAGAGGCUGAGCAAGCUGCUGGUGGUUGGCCGGCUUGGCUUUGUUCCGCUGCCUCUGAGGCUGUCCAUGGUUGGGUUCCUCUAAAGGCUGAGGCCUUCCAGAAGUUGGAGAAGAUUGGACAAGGAACAUAUAGUAGCGUGUUUCGAGCACGGGAAGUAGCAACGGGGAAAAUGGUGGCUUUGAAGAAGGUAAAGUUUGAUAAUCUCCAACCAGAGAGCAUUAGGUUCAUGGCAAGAGAAAUUCUGAUUUUACGGAAACUCAACCAUCCAAACAUCAUGAAACUUGAGGGCAUAGUCACGUCUCGAGCAUCUAGCAGCAUUUACCUUGUUUUUGAGUAUAUGGAACAUGAUCUUGCCGGCUUAUCCUCGAAUCCCGACAUCAUAUUCACCGAGUCACAGAUCAAAUGUUACAUGCAGCAAAUACUUUGGGGACUAGAGCAUUGUCAUAUGCGUGGCGUAAUCCAUAGAGACAUUAAGGCAUCAAACAUUUUGGUGAAUAAUAAAGGAGUUCUAAAGCUUGGAGACUUUGGACUAGCAAAUGUGAUAACACCUACGAACAAAAAUCAAUUGACAAGCCGUGUAGUGACUUUGUGGUAUCGAGCUCCCGAGCUUCUUAUGGGUUCCACUAGUUAUGGAGUAUCAAUCGAUUUAUGGAGUGUGGGAUGUGUUUUUGCUGAAAUUCUCAUGGGGAAACCAAUCCUAAAAGGCAGAACUGAGAUUGAACAAUUGCAUAAGAUCUACAAGCUUUGUGGAUCUCCACCAGAUAGCUUCUGGAAAAGAACUAAGCUUCCCCACGCAACAUCCUUCAAACCACAACAUACUUAUGAAGCCACUCUAAGAGAACGAUGCCAAGAGUUAUCAAAGAGUGGCGUUUUUCUACUAGAAACUUUGCUCUCAAUGGAACCUGAAAAGCGUGGCACUGCUUCUUCUGCGCUUAACUCUGAGUACUUCUUAACGAGGCCUUAUGCGUGUGAUCCUUCUUCGUUGCCUAAAUAUCCACCAAACAAAGAAAUGGAUGCUAAAUAUCGUGACGAUAUGCGCAGGAAAAGAGCAAACCUAAAGUUGCGAGAUUCUGGAGUUGGCAGGAAAAACAAAAGACCAAAUAGAACACAAUACGAUCCAAAGAAUUACGCUAAGUUACCAAUAAGACAGGACACGGUUGAGGCUAAGAACAUACAAAAUGAGGCAUCUCGAGCCACCACAACAACACAAGGAAAUUACUACAAAGUCUCUGACCUCCCAAUGACCACGGGACCGGCCAGUGGCUUUUCAUGGGCCGUGAAAAGACGGAAAGAUCCUGAUAAUAUCUCCACUCUUACCUACUAUCAACCCAGCUCAAGAAGCCAAUUGAGUGGAACAAGUGUUGCAUUUGCCAAGAACACUUUUUUGAAUCUAAAACCAGAUAAUGACUCAGUAUGGGAGGUCCAAGGAGACAACUAUGAUGAUGUUAUCGAGGAGGUUCCUAGUGAGAGUAAGCUUAGCCGUAUUGGCGAACGUCACGGAUCACUUGAUGGUUCUGGUUUGGAUUUCAGCCAAAGAGAGGAGGAUUCUCCAAAGAAAAACUUAGAGCAUCAAGAAUUUGGAAAACAAAGCAUAUCAGGACCGUUGAUAUUUAAAUCAGGAAAGAUUGAUGAGAUUUUGAAGAGGAAUGAAAGUAAUAUACGGCAAGCUGUCAGAAAAUCCCACAUCCAAAGAGAACAAGAUGACAGAUAAAACGGAAAGUCGAACUACCAAGAAGACAAAAAGUCCAAUUUUCAUUGUUUUUGGACAAAAGAGGGAAACAAAAAAAAACAGAAAACGUUACGGAAAAUUAGUAAAAUCCGAUAUAUAUAUCCAAAAAUGUUUCUGAGCCCUCUUCGUUAUAUGAUGUAAUAGAGGAAAAACAAUAACAAAAAGUUUGUCAUUUUUAGAGGAAUCUAAAAACCAAAAAAAAAAAGAGCAUGACAUUUUUCCCCUAUUUAAGUUGUCUUUUUUGAAGAUAAUUCUCAUAGUAUUAGAGAGUAGAGACAGUAAACAGAGGAGUAAA